GGCGGAAAACGCCGAGCGCCGAGCGAGCCGGGGGCUGCCGCUGGUGACGGCUGCGGCCGGAGAAGGGAUGAGCUUGGCCGGGGGCCGAGCACCCCGGAAGACCGCAGGGAAUCGAUUGUCUGGGCUCUUAGAGGCAGAGGAGGAAGAUGAGUUCUACCAGACCACUUAUGGGGGGUUCACUGAGGAAUCUGGUGACGAUGAAUAUCAGGGGGACCAGUCAGACACAGAGGAUGAAGUUGACUCUGAUUUUGACAUUGAUGAAGGAGACGAGCCUGCAAGCGAUGGGGAUGGAGAUGAACCCAGAAGAAAGCGUCGUGUAGUCACCAAGGCCUACAAGGAGCCUAUCAAGAGCUUGAGGCCUCGAAAAGUAAGCACCCCCGCAGGCAGCUCCCAGAAGGCACGGGAGGAGAAGACACUGCUACCCUUGGAGCUGCAGGAUGACGGCCUGGACAGCCGGAAGUCAAUGCGCCAGUCUACGGCUGAGCACACUCGCCAGACAUUCCUCCGGGUUCAGGAGCGGCAGGGCCAGUCGCGGAGGCGGAAGGGUCCGCACUGUGAGCGACCACUGACCCAAGAGGAGCUCCUCAGGGAAGCCAAGAUCACAGAGGAGCUCAACCUGCGUUCCCUGGAAAACUAUGAACGGCUGGAGGCGGACAAGAAGAAGCAGGUUCACAAGAAGCGUAAAUGUCCGGGGCCGGUGAUCACCUACCACUCCAUGACGGUGCCCCUGCUGGCCGAGCCCGGGCCCAAGGAGGAGAACGUGGAUGUGGAGGGGUCUCUCUGCCUCCUCCUCAUAGUCUUCCUCUCCAUCAGGCUUGAGCCCACCCCUGUGGUGUCGGCAGUGGCUCCCCACUCUGGAGCGGGGCCGGUGCUGCCCCCUGCGCGGUGCUCACGCACGUUUAUCACCUUCAGCGAUGACGCCACGUUUGAGGAGUGUUUUCCUAGGGGAAAGCCCCCCAAGAUCCCCGUGCGGGAGGUGUGCCCCGUCACCCAUCGCCCGGCCCUGUACCGAGAUCCCGUUACAGAUAUCCCCUACGCCACGGCCAGAGCCUUCAAGAUCAUCCGCGAAGCCUACAAGAAGUACAUCACGGCCCACGGACUGCCGCCCGCUGCCUCCGCCCUGGGCCCCGGCCCGCCGCCCCCCGAGCCCCUCCCCGGGCCCGGGCCCCGGGCUCUCCGCCAGAAAAUCAUCAUCAAGUGAAAGGCCGGCCGGCCUGGGAGACCUGGCGGCCGUCACCUCGCCUCGCCCUCUCGCCCUCUCGUGCUCCUCCUCCUUCCCUCACCCCGAGCCACCUGCCCGGGCCUGUCUGUAUUUUUUAAUCUAAUAAAAAUUGGAAAACUC